AUGGCCGUCAUCGAACCGGUCGAGGAGACCAGCCCUGCAUCGACCACUCCCCGCGCUCCGCUCCCCAAACCUCCACCUCGAUCAGGAGACUUUUCCUACGACCCAUCCUCUUCCUCUUCCACCUCGUCUUCCUCUGCACCACGGGAUCUGGAUGCCACGCUCAAAUCAUGGGAUUCCGUGCCCCUGUUCAUGAAAGAUCUCCCCAAUUCCUCCUCUGACUCCACCGACGUCGCCCUCGAAGCACUCCAAUCGCUCGCCUUCGACGGCUCACCCAACGAAGUAGCCGCGCAGUUCAAGACUCAGGCCAACGAGUACUUUACCGCCAAACGGUUCCGCGAGGCGCUCGGCUUCUACACCCAGGCCAUCGAAUCGAACCCCACCGACACUGCGCUCACCGAAACUCUGCAUGCGAACCGGGCAGCAUGUCAUCUGGAACUGCAGAACUACGGGAUGGCGUUGAGAGACACGAGCAGGGUGUUGGAGCUGAACGGCAGGAACGAAAAGGCGUACUACCGAGCUACGCGGGCGUUGAUUGCGUUGGGGAGGGAGGAGGAUGCAGUGAAAUGUGCGACGUUGGGUUUGGAGGUGAAUCCCGAGAAUGAGGCGAUUAGGGUGUUGAAGAGGAAAGCGGAAUCAAACCUGGCAUCGGCGAAAAAGAGGGAAGAGGAGAAAGUGGAACGAGAACGGAGGAAAAGUUUGCUGGAGAAGACGCUGCACCAGGCAUUGCUCGUCCGAGGGUUGUGGUUGGAAACUACGCCAAGACCACCGGACAACCCGAAACCAGCUCACUUCGAUCCCGAGGCUCUCUCCUCCACCCCCUCCGAUCCCGCACUUCCCCUCUCUGCGAGUUGGUCACCACCUGACGCCAUCCGCACCCCACUCAUCCUCCCCCUCUUCCUCAUCUACCCUCUCCACUCCCAAUCCGACUUCAUCUCGGACUACCACGAAGACACUCCCCUCUCCACCUACCUCUCCCACAUCUUCCCCUCCACCUCCCGUGGUUCUCUUCCCUGGGAUACUAAGGCAGAGUAUUACGAUAAAAACCUUCAGGUGUACGCCGAGACGCGCAAGAGGAGGUUGUUGAAGUUGGGCAAAAAGUUGUCCUUGAGAGAGGUCAUGGAUCAAGCGUUCAAGGAGGCGGAUACGGGGAAGGGAGAGGAUAGGGUGAAGGAUAGAGAUGGGUUGGUGAUGAAGGAUGGGAUUUUGAGUUUGUACGUGCUGCCAAAGGGGGAGGGGGAGAGCGAGUGGGUGGAGAGGUUUAAGCGCGAGAGGGAGAAGAGCAAGUAG